AUGCCGGAAGGAGGCCAGACCCUGGUCUACAGCACCGUUGGAGACCAUGAAAUUAAGUUGGAUUAUUACCUACCCCCGAAAGCGAAUGGGACCUUGCCCAUUGUCAUUUACUAUCACGGUGGCGGCAUGACGGCUGGUUCUCGGCGGGACGGCCAGUUCCCACGCUGGUUAUACGAUCAUUGCCAAGGGAAGGGCUACAUCUUCGUCUCGGCGGACUAUCGGCUAUGCCAUCCAUGCACAGCGCUGGACCAGAUCGACGAUGCAAAGAGUCUCUUCAAAUUCCUCACAGGCGAGGAUUUCGCAAAGGCACUCCCAGGCUCAGUCUCAAUCGACACUGCUCGCAUAGUCGUGACCGGCUUCUCUGCUGGCGCAUACUCUGCUCGUGCAGCUUGCGUAUAUUCAGAGCCGAAACCAGCUGCUCUUCUAACGGGCUUUGGCACUGGUGGUAAUUGGCUGCUGGAUCACUGGACACAAGCCCGACCUCCGACAACGAUCGCCAAGUUUGUCGACCUUGACAGGGUUCCCAAGAUCCUUGCGGACAAUACGGUAAUUAGUGAUGACUUUGUGGAAGGAAAGGCGAGCACAGGUCGUUUUGCACUCACCGUUCGCUGGGAGUUGGACGGGACCUUUCUUGAUGGCUCCUUGGGCCGACCUGGCUUGGGUGCCCAGCUCGACGUUCUGGACUAUUCGCAAAGAGCCACGGCACUUCCCGAAGACCUCAAACCAGCUUUUGUUCAACUCUUUGUGACAAAAGACUACCCGCCGUCUGUUUUUGUUCAUGGUACCGCCGAUGAGGUGGUGCUUCCGCAGGAAAGUGUGGAUCACUACGAGCAACUAAAGGAGCUGGGUGUGAAGACAGAGUUGUACCUCGUGAAGGAUGGGCCUCACGGCCUUUACAAAUUUGGCUCUGGACCGUGGGAGGGUUCAGUUGAGGCCUACGAAAAGGCCCUGGAAUUUGUUGAUGAAGUAUUAAAGAGCGUGGAGUGA